UUGAGCAGUUAAAAGAAGAUGGAUGCACAGAGUUCAGCUAAAGUCAAUUCAAGGAAGAGGAGGAAAGAGGCAUCCAGCCCUAAUGGAGCAACAGAGGAAGAUGGCAUUCCUUCUAAAGUGCAGCACUGCUCAGUUGGUUUACGGCAGCCGGCUCCUUUUUCUGAUGAAAUUGAAGUUGACUUUAGUAAACCCUACGUCAGGGUAACUAUGGAAGAAGCCUGCAGAGGAACUCCUUGUGAGCGGCCUGUGAGAGUUUAUGCGGAUGGAAUAUUUGACUUAUUUCACUCUGGUCAUGCCCGGGCUCUGAUGCAAGCAAAGAACCUUUUCCCUAAUACAUAUCUCAUUGUGGGAGUCUGCAGUGAUGAGCUCACGCACAACUUCAAGGGCUUCACUGUGAUGAACGAAAACGAGCGUUAUGACGCAGUGCAGCACUGCCGCUACGUGGAUGAGGUGGUGAGGAACGCCCCCUGGACGCUGACGCCCGAGUUCCUGGCAGAGCACCGGAUUGAUUUCGUAGCCCAUGACGAUAUCCCCUAUUCUUCGGCAGGGAGUGACGACGUGUAUAAGCACAUCAAAGAAGCAGGCAUGUUUGCUCCAACACAGAGGACAGAAGGUAUCUCCACAUCAGACAUCAUCACCCGCAUUGUCCGUGACUAUGAUGUGUAUGCCAGACGGAACCUACAGAGGGGCUACACUGCAAAGGAGCUCAAUGUCAGCUUUAUCAAUGAGAAGAAAUACCACUUGCAAGAACGGGUUGAUAAAGUAAAGAAGAAAGUGAAAGAUGUGGAAGAAAAAUCAAAAGAAUUUGUGCAGAAGGUGGAAGAAAAGAGCAUUGACCUCAUCCAGAAGUGGGAAGAGAAGUCCCGAGAAUUCAUUGGAAGUUUCCUGGAAAUGUUUGGUCCAGAAGGAGCACUGAAACAUAUGCUGAAAGAGGGAAAAGGUCGGAUGCUGCAGGCCAUCAGUCCCAGGCAGAGUCCCAGCAGCAGCCCUACUCAUGAACGCUCCCCCUCCCCCUCCUUUCGAUGGCCCUUCUCUGGCAAGACGUCCCCAUCUUCCUCCCCAGCAAGUCUCUCUAGACACAAGGCUGUGACCUGUGACAUCAGUGAGGAUGAAGAGGACUAACUUUUCAUCCCUGUCCC